GGGCAGAGACUUCCCGGAGCCUUGUGAUUAUGAUUUUGUCAGUGCUCUAAAAUUUCCCCAGAGACCAAUUCCCCUGGUACCCAAAAUAGGUUCCUGGCACUCAGGUCCCUUCUGCUCAGCUCAACUUCUCUCGAUUUCCUAACAAAUUUAAAGUCCUUGGAGUGGCUCCAGUGAUGUGUUCAUGGACCAAAUUCCCACACUUUUUCAGAGGCACGCUCAUGAGGUCGUUCCAGGCCCUGGUGCGACUGCCAGCUCUAGCCUCCUUAGCUUUUUUUUUCCUAGGCUGGUAUAAGAAGGUUCUGGGCAAGAACAACAAUGGACCAGAAGUGUUGGACCAGAGCCUUUCUCUCUAGUCACCGAUGCCCCUGUUCUGAUUUAUAGGGAUCAGCAGAAGAAGGUAAAGGUCACUGGCUAUGCCUUGGAGGCAGAAACGUUCACUGACUGUAGGUCUGGUGAGGUCUUUCCUGCCACCCUGAGUCAUGUAUGGCUCCUCUCAUCCAGGCCAGUUUAUAUUGUGUAUCACAGCCAUGGAAGAAGAGCCCAAGGCAGAGCAUGGGGGUCAGGGGCUCAUAGGAGCCUUCUGAGUGUGAGCGCCUGGCACCUUUGCAGACCCACCUUUCACCAUAAACAGUGGAGCUCACCCCUGCUCUUGCUUAAGGGAGUCACCCAUUCCCGAGUGAGUCAGGGUCACUCACUUGGUGACAGCUGUGGCUCGCCUUACAUGAGCUAAAUUGGGAGUUGGAAUGUCAUGCAGAUGCCCCUUGUUCCCUACCCCCAUGUUAAAAUUAAUCUCCUCUCUGGGAAGUAAGGGACAAACAGUGCUGCCCAUAGAGGGAACAAGAGUCAUUUGGGGAACAAAAGAAAUUUCCAGGGACAGAGUCAUUCAGGGAGGGAGGGAUAGAUAAAGCUACAUGUGUCUGGCUGGGUUACAGAGCAAAGAAUAGAGAAGUGUCUGAAAACAGCUAUCUGAGGACGAGGUGAAUUGUUGGAGGAGGGGACAGGAGAGAUAGCAGAGCUAUUUCAAGAGUGAGCAGUAGAAGGGAACAAGAAUCCACGGACGGUCUAAGCGAGGAAGGGUCCAGAGGCAGUGAGGGAAGGCCAGGACCAGGGCCGAGGCCAGGGCAGGCACGAUCGCUGAGGGGAUGAACUUCACAGUGGGUUUCAAGCCGCUGCUAGGGGAUGCACACAGCAUGGACAACCUGGAGAAGCAGCUCAUCUGCCCCAUCUGCCUGGAGAUGUUCUCCAAACCAGUGGUGAUCCUGCCCUGCCAGCACAACCUGUGCCGCAAGUGUGCCAACGACGUCUUCCAGGCCUCGAACCCUCUGUGGCAAUCCCGGGGCUCCACCACUGUGUCUUCCGGAGGCCGUUUCCGUUGCCCAUCUUGCAGGCAUGAGGUUGUCCUGGACAGACAUGGCGUCUAUGGCCUGCAGCGAAACCUACUAGUGGAGAACAUUAUCGACAUUUACAAACAAGAGUCUUCCCGACCACUGCACUCCAAGGCUGAGCAGCACCUUAUGUGCGAGGAGCAUGAAGAGGAGAAGAUCAAUAUCUACUGCCUGAGCUGUGAAGUGCCCACCUGCUCUCUCUGUAAGGUCUUCGGUGCCCACAAGGACUGUGAGGUGGCCCCCCUGCCCACCAUUUACAAACGCCAGAAGAGUGAGCUCAGCGAUGGAAUCGCAAUGCUGGUGGCCGGCAACGACCGCGUGCAGGCAGUGAUCACACAGAUGGAGGAGGUGUGCCAGACCAUAGAGGACAACAGCCGGCGGCAGAAGCAGUUACUAACCCAGAGGUUCGAGGCCCUGUGCGCGGUGCUGGAAGAGCGCAAGGCUGAGUUGCUGCAGGCGCUGGCCCGCGAGCAGGAGCAGAAGCUGCAGCGCGUGCGGGGCCUCAUCCGCCAGUACGGAGACCACCUGGAGGCCUCCUCUAAGCUCGUGGAGUCGGCCAUCCAGUCCAUGGAGGAGCCACAGAUGGCGCUCUACCUCCAGCAGGCCAAGGAGCUGAUCAAUAAGGUCGGGACAAUGUCGAAAGUGGAGCUGGCAGGACGGCCAGAGCCGGGCUAUGAAAGCAUGGAUCAGUUCACCGUGAGCGUGGAGCACGUGGCCGAAAUGCUGAGGACCAUCGACUUCCAGGCGGGCGCUUCCGGGGAGGAAGAGGAUGAGGAGGUGGCGUUGGAGGGGGAAGAGGGCAGCGCGGGGCCAGAGGAAGAGCGGCCGGAUGGGCCGGAAGGCACCGGCGGGCACUGACCCGCCCCCGCUUUGGGGAGCCCGCGCACCUGGGGCCUGGCGCUCGGGUCGCGGAGGACCUGCGCAGAGACCACCGCGCCACACAGCUCGGCGCCCCGCCGCGGGGGAGGGACUCAAUAAAGGGCUAACGAGUCCAAA